AUGUUUGCAAAAGCUGUUGUUGGAGUCAAGUGUGCAACUCCCACAGUCAUGUCUGUUCAAGCCAAUGCCACUGGUGAAAACAACGGAGGGAGAUUUUGUCCGGAGUUAGAUGAUGGUGUCAAUGUUACGUGUUUAAUUGACCAUGGUGUUGGAACUGGACAAAUGUGGAUGGAACCAGAUGGAACCAAACCUUCUUGUGUCAGCUACGCAUAUGCUCAAUCUGGGUAUCAAACAAUUCAUUUAUAUUGUUCCGUUGAUAAUACUUUCUUUUAUGAAAACAAAACUUUAUAUGUUGGGGAGGAAAUAGAUGGGGUGACAGUUGGUGAUGAAAAUGGUGGCUCCCUCAUUCCAAUGCCAAUGUCUGCCACACUGUAUGUGACAUAUGUUAACGGAAGUGACGUCAAUGUAGAAAUCUUCAGCAACACAACCAAUACCAUAUUCUUAAGCACCAACAUCACCAAUAGUAGCUCCACGCAUACUAUCACUGCCGCGGACGUUAACAACACACUUGGUGUGCAUGCUGUACGAGUGACUCUCUCUAAUCCCAUUUCGUCUGUGAUACGUUGGGUGGCUAUUGCUCACGAGGAAGAAAUCACUGGAUUUAACUUUACUGGAUUCAUCCAACCAAUCAUGCACGUUGCUGAUGAAGUGGAAUUGAAUUUUACACUCUCCACAGGAAGUAGCGUAUCAGUUGCAACAGAAAUAAGCAAUUCAUUAAUUGUGCAAAAAUGUGAAGGUGUCCUACGAACAUAUUCUUACGUGUAUGUUUUGAAUGAAACAGGUUCAUAUACAGUUGUAAUGACCCUUUCGAACUUUGUAUCAACAUUUAAUUGGACAUUCGAUAUAACAGUACAGUACCCCGUUCACAAUGUAACAAUUCAACAAGUUAAAAAUAUAAUGAAAGGUGCGACAGAUACUUGGGUUGUUGCACUUCCAGCUGAUUCAUUGUUUCCAAUGGGAAAUUUAUUUGCAGUUAUUGAAGAAGAUGGUGUUCAGCAGGAUAACGUCAGCUUGACUUUGACACCAGGGAAUUCUCAGAACAUAGCAAGAACUUAUUCAACAGCGGGUUAUUUCAAUAUUACUGUUAAAAUUCAGUCCGAAAUCAGCGAAAUGGUUAUCUCCUGGAUACAAGUGGUUGAAAACGAACUCUCCUUAGAACUUUUACAUUUGGAUCGAGUUCCAACUUCUGAAUCCCAGCAAGAGCUUGUUUUACGCAUUACAGACCCAAGUAAAUCACCGUUGUUCAAGCUUAACUGUACUCUAGAUGUAGAUGGCGAAGUUUCUACCCUAGACGUCCCGGUAUUUAAUUAUGGUUCAAAUGAGACAUUUAAUUACCGAUAUGUUGGCAUUGGAAACAAAACCGUAACUGUGAACUGUUCAAAUACAUUACGAAACUGGGUAUACACAAAAAUUGUCGAGGUUUAUACCGACUGCUUUGCUUCUGCAGAUUUUUUCAGUACUGCUUUUAAGAGCUUAGCUACUCCUAUGAAGGUCUCCAUUACACAAAUUGUCCAGAUCACAGCAAAGGUAGAAGUGUCCGAUUUAUGCAAGAACAGUUCACGCACAUAUUGGUGGGAUUUCUAUGAUGUUCCCCACAAUGACCUUUCAAACCCGGAAUUGCGUGAGUAUUACAAUAACACUGCAAAUCAACCUCAAGGAGUGACUAUUACUUUUGCAAAAGAAGCCAUCGAAGCAGGCUUGAAGAGGCUGGUACUGAGAGUCAAUUUGACCGACCAAGAAGGAGGCGUCCUUGAAGACUUCAUCUAUGUAAAUUUCAUUACUCCUCCUAUCGUGGCCCAAAUAACUGGGGGUUCCGAAAUUACCCAUGGAAAACAAACCAAUCUGAGAGUGGACGCAACUUUAUCCAGGGACCCAGUGCAAAUCUAUGUUGAUCAGCCAUUCGAUUUCACCUGGAAUUGUUUUAAAAUCCCUUACCUAAAUUUGUCCGACUUGACCGAUUUUAUGGGUAAAUUCCAAACAUCCAACGAGAUAACACCAUUGUGGCCAAAUUGUACGACAACAGCCUUGCCCACCGAGGGAAUUAUCACAAUACCUUCGACAGAACUAGAGGAUAGUUUCUAUUAUCUUUUCAUUGUGACGGUAGAAAAAUUCAAUGUAACCUCAGCAGGAUUGCCAGUGCAGAGAAAUGAUUCAGUUUUUCAGGCAGUUAAAAUUGUUCCAUACGAGCCACCAAAAGCUGAAUUGAAAUGUUUGCGAAAUUGUAUGCAGAAAAUCAACAGAAACUCUGUAUCUAGUUUUGAAGUGAAGUGCUCGAAUUGCGAUACGAACACUCUCUAUAAAUGGGAUUUUGAAAAAUAUGACGUUAAUACUGGUACUUUCUCAUCUUUAUUAAACGGUGCAGAUGGGCCAGAUGCGUAUAUAGAAACAAGAACGCUGGAACUGAGUUAUUUAGCAUUAAAGAAAGACGUUUUACCAGAGGGAAAUCAACUGAGAUUAAAAUGUCACAUAAGUUUGGAUGGAAAAAAUGCGACUGUUUCAAAAAUAUUUUCUGUGAAUUAUUCGCCAAGAGGGGGCACGUGUGAAAUCAACCCUGUCACAGGGGAGGCAAGCAUUACAUAUUUUGAAAUCAAGUGUAAAGACUGGAAGGACGAGGAGGAUAGAAAUAUAAUGGACGACACAGUGGAUAUGUUCGCGUCACUGAAGUAUAAGAUUUACCAAUACAGCGUUCGAAAUGGAACUCUUGUUACAUCUUACCUUGGAGAGUCAACUGAGCCGAAUGCCAAAGUUUACCUUGGAAUAGGAGACCCUAGCAAUGAUUAUAAUAGUAACAUAACCAUCUACAUUUACGAUAAAUACAAUGGAAUGACAGCGUAUUCUCUCCCAAUACAGGUCACUAAUCCCCUUGCAAGUUCUACAUUGCCAAGUGACACAAACGUAGAUGAUUAUUACAAAAAAGUCAUGGAAGAAAUACAAAAAACCGGAAGUCCAGAGCUUUUAAUGAAAUCAAUUGAAUCUAUUACUUCUGUACUUACGGACUUUACGAUUGUUGCUAAUGACUCGUACCCGAAUAUAGAAGUUAGUAAGGUCCCUACCCGGUGGAAUGAAGGCCUGAUAGAUCUCCAAGACGUAAACGGAACACAGGUCAUGGCCAGUUAUGAUGCAAUGCUCGAAGAUAUUCUGCAACAAUCGCAAAAUCGUUAUCAGAUUAAAGUACAAGAAACAAUAACUAACCUCACGCAGAAUAUGUUAGACCAACUACAAAGAACAAACUCUAGCACAUUUUCCUGGGUGGAAACAGCGUCAAGCGCGUUUGGCAAUGCUCUGAUGAAGGAAGAUUUUAUUUCUGAGGAAUCAGUGGUACAUGCUUCACAAGCCUUAAAACAACUCACUGGUGCGUUCUCAAAUUUGACUAUUAGCCAGUAUCUUGGUGAUGAUUCCAUUUUUAGUAGCAGCAGUUCAGCCAUCGAACAAGCUGCUUCCGGUAUAAUGCAGCUGAUGGACUCUAUUGUGGUAAAUGCUGUCCCCAAUGAUAAUGUCAACACCUCCGACGCCCUAGUGGCAGCGACUGACACAGCUUCCUCCCGACUGUACGUUAACUAUCUUUUUGCUAUGAAUGAAGAUGCGGCAUACGAAUACGCUGAAAAUGGUACUUUGACUCCAGAGGAAAGAGUGGGUAUGUUCUACAUGAAAUCCAGGAUAUCGCAGAUUGAAUUCGAAAAGAAACGAAGAACAAGUGAAGAGUCGGGUAGAGCAUUAAAUGAUGCAGUAGAAUCUUUAACAAAGUCGAUGAUGUCCGUGGAAUGCACAGGUUGUACUCGUACUUACACGAAGCCAAAUAUGGAGAUAUAUAUUCAAAAGGACACCGUGGGUAUUUUAGAGGCACCCAAUGGAACAUCAGUCAGUUUAAACUUGUCAUUAAGCUUUGGAGCUCUCCCAAAAGACAAAUUUGUUCAAUUUUCUGCAACUGAGAUGAAAAAAAAUAUUUAUUUGUACGACCAUUCUAAAACAGCAGCUCUUAUUACAUCACCUGUCCAAAAGCUUUCUGCUAAAUCACAAAAUGGUGGACAAGAUCUGUCGGUCUAUGUCGUUACUAUACAACAACCAGUGAAGUCGGAUUUUAGUGAAGUAAAGCUCACAAAGCCGGCUUUCAUAUCAGGAGAUGCCUCUGGGUUUUUUUACCAUACAUUCUUGUACAGAAAUCUUGGAGACUAUGCCUGCUUCCACAUUGUUCAGCAAGACCCUCCACUAAAUGAAAAAUAUGAUGUGUAUUUACGUGCCGAAGAUUUCCCCACCAUCUUUCAGUAUGACGCCAAAACGGAAGUGUCUGUCAAUAGAGACUACAUGGCUUGUAUUCCUCCACAGAAAUUAACUUCUGUAGGAAUCAUGCACAUGGGGCUUAAGCCCACACCCAUUCCAUAUCAUACUGGCCGAAGGAAACGAGCAGCAGCUCCAGGAGGCUAUAAUGGUACUGAUCCAAAAUUGAACCCUUACCGCUUAAUGGUUGUAUCGGCUGGCUGUAAUACUUGGAAUGAAAAUAAAGAAAAAUGGAGAUCGGAUUCAUGUCUGAUGGACUGGAAACCAACUCAAGGGGAAGUAGCGUGCGAAUGUACGGGCCAGAAUGGGAUGACUUUUGCAAAUUCUUUUUAUGUUGCUCCAAAUACCAUUGACUUUGCUACAGUAUUUCUGAAAUUUUCACCCAAGGACCAAGCUGCAGUGUUGGCAACAUUCGCUCUUAUUUUAGUUCUGUAUAUUGCGCUGAUGAUUUGGGGCCGUCAUCAGGAUAAGAAGGACAUUGUCAGGUGGGGCGUAACGCCUUUGAUUGACAACUUUGUUGAUGAUACUUACUACUAUCUGAUUACUGUAUACACUGGAAUGAGGCGGGGCGCUGGAACGAAGUCACGUGUUGGCUUCAUUGUGGCGGGAGAGGACGGCGAUACUGGUGUUAGAGAACUAUUUGAUGGUGUCAGAACGGAAUUUCGCACGGCUAGUGUGAACCAUUUCCUUAUGGCCACGUCACAGCCCCUGGGACCGUUGACAUAUCUCUACAUCUUUCAUGACAACUCCGGAGAGGGGGAAUGGUCAUCAUGGUACCUCAAUCGUGUCGACGUAGAAGACCUCCAAGAUCGGACCAGGUUUGUCUUCAUGUGUGGUCGUUGGCUGUCGCUGGACAACCUGGAAAGCCAAGUUGAGGCCGUUCUUCCCGUUUGUGGCCGAGAAAACGUCACAACUUUCAAGAAUAUGUUUUACAUUAACUAUAAAGAAAGUUUGGCCGACAAUCAUCUCUGGAUCUCUAUUUACUUCCGGCCGACUAGCAGUCAUUUUACUCGAAUCCAAAGAAUCACGUGUUUAUUACUUUUUAUCAUGUUGACAAUGAUAGGUAACGCUGUGUACUUCAGGCCUGAAGAUGAAUACGAAAAUCCAGAAACAGUUAAACUAGGUCCUCUGCAGUUUUCCUGGCAAACGGUAUUCAUUUCAAUAAUGAGUACCUUAAUCUCUACGCCAGCAGUCAUUCUGGUCGUCACUUUGUUCAAGAAAGCUAAACCACGAGUAACUGAUUACGAUGUCAAAGAUUCUUCACUCAAAUAUUCUUUACCGGUCAUAAACAGUUUCAUGGACAAAGUAUUAAAGGAAAGUAAGGAGCUUGAGCGCACUUUGGUGGCAAAAGGCGUCAUGAGCAAAGAUGGAACAAUACUUCCGUUUUGGGUAACUUACAUUGCUUGGUUUUUGGCGCUAGCUGGAAGCUUCACUUCUGCGUUUUUUAUUAUGCUGUUCAGUAUGGAAUGGGGAAAGACAAAGACAGAGAUGUGGCUGGCACAAUUUUUCCUCUCCUUUUUAGAAUCAGCAUGUAUUCUGGAUCCAUUAAAAGUUGUAAUGAUGGCGGCGGUAUUUGCUUUAAUAUUUCAACAAACUGAAAAAUUCCGACCAUCAGGUCUGACCCGGGAAAUUGUCUUGAAAAAUUACAGACAGAGAUAUGGACAGGAACAGAGUAUACGUAUCCCAGCACCACCACUUAAUCAUUCACUCUUGGAAAAAGCUAGAGAAGAGCGCAUGCGCGACAUUAAGAUGAUGGACUCUGUGAAACAAGUCUUUGUCACGUUGAUUUAUAUAUGGAUCAUCUACAGUAUCAGUUUCAGUAACCGUGAUACUGGAUCUUAUUAUGUUCAAAGAGACAUAUCCAAACGCCUUCUGACUCCCUUUGGAGCACAAAAGUUCGAGGAGAUUAAAACAACAGAACAGUACCUUGAUUGGCUUAAAAAGGUGGCGUUCCCUACCCUGUUUCCGGAGAAGGAGUACAAUGGAGAUCGCCUCUACUGGAGACACAGGCAAUACGCUGAGGGUCUAACUAAUUUCAGAGUUGGGCCUCCUAGACUCAGACAAGUGAGAGUUGUAGAAGGUGAGGAAACGAUUCAUCCCUUUGGCAGUGUUAAAAUAUAUCCAUCCUACAGCAUUCUUAAUGAAGAGGCACGCAGCUUUUGUUUUGGAUGGGCGAAACUUCCCUGUGAUAUUAAGGCAGAAGCUUAUUCAUUCUCUUUCAAGGCCUGGAAGUACACAAAUCCAUUUGAUAUUUGGGGAGUUCCGGUCUUAGGUUACUACAAUUCGUACUCUGGUGGAGGGUACAUCGCAGAGCUAGAUGUGAAUCUUGACUUUACAAAUAGGACCAUGCAAGAAUUAACCCAAAACUUGUGGAUAGACAGGUCAACAAGAGCUGUGUUCUUUGAAUUUACUGUAUAUAAUGCUGAUUUUAAUGUAUUCACUUACAGCAUGCUUGCAACGGAGUUUCCUGAAGUGGGAGGGGUAAUGACAAUGUCAACAAUAUAUCCAUUCCGACUGUAUCAUCAUGUUGGACAAACAGGAUAUUACGUCAUCUUCUGUGAAAUUUGUUUUGUACUAUUUUUGGUGGCUCAGAUUAUAAGAGUCAUAUAUUAUCUUUACAAACUUCGCUUACAGUUCUUCAAAAGUACAUGGCUCGUGUUAGACUUUGUUGGUAUAUUCUUAAGCUUCGUUGCAAUCGCUAUGUACGCGGGAAGGAUGCUUCUAGCUAACGAAACUUUUGCAAAGUUCAAAGCAGAUCCAAAGGCUUUUGUCAAUUUUCAACAUAUCGCCUACUGGGAUUCCCUUUUUAUUAUCCUGAUUGGGUUGUUAGUAUUUCUAGGAACAACAAGGCUACUUGGGAUUCUGGGAUACGACAAAAGGAUCGGACAGGUGUUCCGUGUGUUCGAUAACUGUGCUUGGGAUUUAUUGUGGUUUGGGGUCUUUUUCCUCUGUCUCUUUGUCUUUUAUGCCAUACUAGGCUACCUUUUGUUUGGACGAGACUUGGAGUCAUACUACGAUAUUUUCCAGUCACUCGGAACACUCUUCAUAAGUAUGAUCGGUAAAAGUAAAUUCAACGAAAUAAACGAGGCAGAUCCUCUAAUGGCGCAGUUCUACUUCUUUACCUAUGUUCUCUUUAUCGUGUAUUUCCUCUUGACCAUGUUCUUAGCGAUUCUUUGUGAGAGCAUUAAUGUGGUGCAUCAGAAAACCAAGCUGGACCGUUCGGAUGAACUAGUUAUGUACCUGAUAGAUAAAGUCCGAGAUUUCUUCUCAAGAAAUAAGGACGGCAAGAAAGCACAUAAAGAUUUCACCUCUAUCAUGGCCGAGCACCAAAAACCACUGAAUUUGUUGAAGGAGCUUCGGAAGGAUAUCGAUAGCGCCAUGUCUGCCUAUUCUGAACAGGAGGACAAGGACAAGCAGGACAGAAUGAAAAAACGGGGCAAAGAGUUUCUGAAGAAAUUGGAGCAAGCAACUUAAAACAACGAGAAAGCAAUGUUUAAUUACGUCAGCAGGGCUCAGAAUUAGCUGAAGCAACACAGCAACAUUAUGAGAAACUUUAUGUUGAAUAACUUUUCUUGUUCUGAACAAUCUAUUGUCUAAAUUUUGUUCAAAGUGGUUGGGGAACUAUCUGUGAUAACUUUCAUUUUAUCCUAUUUUUAAAGAUAUUAUUUUAAAAAUCUUAGGAAAUAAAUAUUAUUGAUUAAUGCAGAUAGUUGAAACUUAAGAUCCCCGAAUCUAUAUCCACACCAUAUUAUUUACUAAAGGUUUGCAAUGCUCAUGUACAUGUAAAUCUUUAAAUAAUUCUUCAACUUUUACGAAUACACAAAUUGAAUACCAUUUGUGUCAUUUUUCUAAACAAUAACGGAGCUCAAUUCUGUUUGAGUGCAAUAUCUAAAUAACAUCGAAAUUUAUAAUUUUUUAAAAUUAUUAUUUUACCUGCUUAGAGACUUUCAAUAUGACAAAUGGCAAAUACCAAGUCGCGCCAAGCUUAAGGACAAUUAAUCUUAUUUCUCAUGUAGAGUUUAAUUUUCAAAGAUGUGAUUUUUUUCAUGUAUCAAAAGAUCUUUUUGUCAAGGACAGUAUUCGAAAGAAUUAAAUCAAUCGUGAUGGUACUUGCUAUAAUCGCGCUUUUUGCUUUUCCUUUUUUCUUUUUUUUUUUUUUGUUAGUUUGUUUGUUUGGUUUUUUUUUUUUGAGAAUACAAAAAUUCGUGAAUGUUUUACUUAUUGCUAUAUGGACAUUUUUAAGACCUGAUAUGCACUCGCGAACCGGUGCCGAAAGAAAAAAAAAGAAUAAAACGCCUGCCAACUUUAAACCCCAAUUCAAUAUAUAUAUGUACUGCUAUAUACUGCUGUGAUGUUAAUACUGGUGACUCUUUCUCUGUUAUUUGUAGAACUGGAGAUAUUAAAUUGAAUGUGGAAACUUGACUUCUGUGUAAAUAAACAUUCUUCACGUGUUUGAACGCAUGAGGUAUGCAUUGUUAUAAUAAAUAAUUGUUAAUAAUGAUCAGUGAGUUGUUAAACAUAACAUAUAAAAAUAUUUUUGUAUUCUAUACCUUUAUCCGUCCAAAUAUAAACAUUUCAGUUAUUAGUAAACAUGCAUGUGUGAUUAAUAAACAAUUAGUUUA